AUGAGUGCCACUGUAACAAAAACUGGUACAACCUACUCGAUAAGUAAUGGCUAUGUUUCUGAUUACCAAUUCGAUUAUGAUUACACUGUUCAGGAAGUUUCAAUGACGAACGUAAGAUCACUAGGGUAUAGAUCUUUUUAUUACUGCACAUCUCUUAGAACCGUAAUAGUAUUAGAUACUCUUACAUCAAUAGGAUCAUAUUGCUUUCAGAAUUGUAACCAACUUGGAAGUGUACAACUCCCAAAUACAGUCCAGACAAUAAGUGAUAGCGCUUUCUAUGGCCUCUCGAGUUUGUCAAGUUUUAACUUCCCAACAAGUCUCAGCACAGUAGGAAGCCAAACGUUCUAUGGUUGUUCAAAAAUUCCAAGUGCAACUUUCUCUGCAGCGAAUGUCAAGAUCGGAGAAUCUGCAUUCAGUGGCUGCAGUUAUCUAAACAAAGUUACAUUCUCAUCUUCAGUCACAACUAUCGGAAGCUAUGCAUUUAAUAAUUGUCAGAAUCUUACUGAAGUUAUAUUCUCUUCAUCUGUUGUUACAGUUGGAAGCUAUGCAUUUCAGAGUUGCAAUCAUCUUCUUCAAGUAAUAUUCUCAUCAUCUAUUGGUACGCUAGGAAGCUAUGCUUUCCAAUACUGCAGCAGAAUAGAAAAUUUUUCAAUCAAAAGUGGAUGUUCAACCAUGAAUUCAUACAUUUUUAAUUCAGCAAACAUAUUAAACCUACACAUUAAAGGAUCAAUAUCAUCAUUUGGCGAUUAUCCUUUCAGAAAUGGUAUUUAUGGUGAUAUAAACAUGUUAGAUUGUAGCAUAACAUCUCUUCCAAGUUAUUGUUUUUAUGAAUGUAAGAUAAAGAGUUUAUAUCUUUCUAGAGCAAUUACAUCUCUCGGUUAUGAAUCAUUUUACUAUGCAGUAGUUGGUGAUUUAAUAUUUGCUGGAGGAUCAAUAUCCUUAAGUGAUUAUGUCUUUUACUCUGCAAAAAUAAAUUACGCUGUUUUUCCAAAUAUCAGGAGCUUUGGUUCAUAUGAUUUCGAUUCGGCAACUAUCACCACAAUUGAUAACAUAUUUAGAGGAACCAAUUAUUAUUAUAGUUAUGCAAAUUCUCGCUAUCAAAAAAUGUAUUAUUCACCCAAGAUAUCUAAUUUAACAAUUCCAGGUACAGUAAAAUCAAUUGGUAAUUCUUCUUUUCAUUUGACCAAAUUAUCAAAAUUAAUUAUUAAUGAAGGUGUUCAAACCAUUAAUGAUUAUGCAUUUUAUUUAUGCGAAAUUAAUUAUUUGGUAUUGCCAUCUACUAUUAAAUAUAUUGGUAAAUUUGCUUUAACAAAUCUUGGAGUUUUACCUAAUAUUACUCUUUAA